CGCGCCAGUUUCAAUCCCGCACCUUCGUCCGGCAUCUUCUCUUGGUUUCACCACCGUGACGAAAAGCUUCACGACAAGUUCUCGCACCAUGUCGGCUUCCAUCGUAUAUAGCAAGGAUGCUCCCUUCCCCCUGGGUCCUUACUCCCAGGCCGUGAAGACCCCAACAGCCAUUUAUUUGUCCGGUCAGAUCCCCAUCACUGCCGACGGAAAAUUCAUUGAGGGAUCCAUCGCCGAGAAGACUCGCCAGUGCAUCACGAACCUCAAGGCUGUCUUGACCGAGGCAGGCUCUAGCAUCGAGAAGGUCGUCAAGGUCACAAUCUUCCUUGCCGAUAUGGACUACUUCGCUGAAAUGAAUGGCGAGUACGAGAAGUGGUUCAUCCACAAACCCGCUCGCAGCUGCGUCGCCGUCAAGACACUCCCUAAGAACGUCGAUGUUGAGAUUGAGGCUAUCGCCUUGCCGUAAGACGAGUGGACUCCAUAUGAUAGUUGCGACGAAAGCAGUCAGGCUGACUUGCUCUCACAUUUGAUUUGGAAGGGGAGAUUUGCCGACGCCCUCUCAUCUUUAAUGCGGUUCAAGGUGGAAUGUUAGACUGCGAGCCGACAGGUAGUCGCCCAAAUCUAUUUCUCAAGUGGCGUACAAGACUGCUCUACUAUGACAUGUGCUGAAAACCUCAAAGUGUAAACGUUCACCAACGCAGACCAGAGACAGAGAACAAUGACAGGCCAUCUUCUCUGUAUGACGAGUGACAAGAGG